AUGGCACUGUUUAUCUGGAAGGUGGUUUGGGACUACCUACCAACUAGGAGUUUGCUGGCUAGGAGGGGGAUGAGGGUUUAUCUGAUGUAUGUGGACUGCCCGAAGUCGAUGGAGACUGUUUGCCAUAUGCUAUUUGAGUGCCCACGGGCGGCUCAGGUCUGGAGGAGGGCAUCUUUUUUCUUACCGGGGCCUACUUUUGGCGUGGAGGAUUUUCUGCGGCACGUGAGGAUUGCUCUACGAUUGCCGAGCACUGCGGGGUGGGGUUUGACUGCUGUCUACCUGGCGUAUCAUAUUUGGCUGGACAGAAACGUCAAAGUCUUUGAGGGGAGGAGGGCUUUCCUGAGGUCUAUUGUAGAGCGGGCUCUCUGUCAGGUAGUGGAGAUCAUGGAGGUUGGUGAGUUGGAUUUAUCUGCGAUGUCUAGAAACAUCUGGGACUCCCUCUUCGCUACCACAACGCCUAGGUUUGUUCUUGUUUCUUGGAAGCCCCCACCCUCUGGUCAUCUAAAGGUGAACUUCGAUGGGAGUAUGUCCGGUAGUGCCGAUCGGGCAGGAGUGGCUUUUGUUAUCAGAAACUAUGGCGGUAGGCUGAUUGCAGCAGGAGGUUUUCUUAUGCGAGACAUGUUUUGUAGGCUGGUUGCAUCAUUUUGGAGGGCGACUCAGGUUCCUUGA